CGCGGGGCUUUCGGGGCCGGCGGGUCCCCCGCGGCGGAGUCUCCACGGCUCCCCACGUGACGCGCCGUCCGCGGAUGGGGGCGCCGGGGCCGGGCGUCUCCGUGGUCCGGGGGGACCUCCGCCCUCGGGACGGCGUCCUGACCGUACCGGGGCGCCCUGUGGAGCUCGGCCCGGCCUCGGGGGUUCCGAGCGUCCCGCGCCCCUCGCGCUCCGGGGAGUCCGAGGCGCCGCCGGCCCGGUCCUCCUUCCCGGUCCCUUUCCUCAGUUUCUCCGGACGAGAAGACGCGGUCGGAGUCCAGCACGGAGAGCAGGCCCGGGCCGGCGUGACGCCCGAGCGCGCGAUUUGAAGACCUUGCUUCUCAUCACCUGCUGGAUUAUGCUCAAGGCUUUCCUACCCAAUGAUCCUCCUGCAGCACGCUGUGCUUCUUCCACCUAGGCAGCCCGCACCCUCUCCUCCUAUGUCAGUGGCCACCAGGCCUGCAGGCACCUUGCAGCUUCCACCACAGAAGCCGUCUGGGCAGGAGGCUUCCUUGCCUCUUGCAGGGGAAGAAGAGUUCUCGAAGGGAGGGGAGCAAGACUGUGCCCUGGAGGAGCUAUGUAAGCCCCUGUACUGCAGACUCUGCAAUGUCACCUUGAACUCUGCACAGCAAGCCCAGGCUCAUUAUCAGGGUAAAAAUCAUGGUAAGAAACUCCGAAAUUACUAUGCAGCAAACAGCUGUCCUCCUCCUGCUAGAAUGAGCAAUGUGGUGGAGCCUGCAGUUGCCCCAGUUGUUCCAGCUCCUCCGCAGAUGGGCUCCUUUAAGCCAGGAGGCCGAGUGAUCCUGGCCACAGAGAAUGAUUACUGUAAGCUCUGCGAUGCCUCCUUCAGUUCUCCGGCUGUGGCUCAGGCUCACUAUCAAGGGAAGAAUCAUGCCAAGAGGCUGCGGUUGGCAGAAGCUCAGAGUAACUCAUUCUCGGAAUCCUCAGAGCUGGGUCAACAGCGGGCCAGGAAAGAAGGGAAUGAGUUUAAGGUGAUGCCUAACAGGAGAAAUACGUAUACAGUGCAGAAUAAUUCAGCAGGUCCUUACUUCAAUCCUCGCUCUCGGCAGAGAAUUCCACGUGAUCUGGCCAUGUGUGUUACUCCAAGUGGCCAGUUUUACUGCUCAAUGUGUAAUGUUGGGGCUGGCGAAGAGAUUGAAUUCCGGCAGCACUUAGAGAGCAAGCAACAUAAGAGCAAGGUGUCUGAACAGCGGUACCGGAGUGAGAUGGAGCAUCUGGGAUAUGUGUAGUGAUUCUCAUGCUACGAUAGAGCAGCUUACCCUGCCUGUUGUUUGCCUUUUGUCAACUUGCCCUGCUUUGUGGUCCUGUUGAUAUGAGUGCAUUCCUCUGCUUAACGUUAAUACAUGUAACCCACAGUGGUACCAUGAGAUGUCAAAACCUGAGGGCCCAGGGGCGGGGUGGGGAGGCAGGUGUGGCGAACGUGCUUCUUAGGUCAUAACGCUUUUGCAGGGUCCGUUGUGUUGAGCUGCUCGUAGCAUGUGACCUACCUGCCCCAGCAGAAAUAACUUUUUAUCUUGCCCAAGUUCUGGUCAACUUUGGCUGUUUAAAAGUAUCAUUUUCUUUUGCAAUUUUAGUUUUAUGUGCUAUUAAAGAAUUGUAUUGAAUUCUUUUUAGAUCAAAGUAAAAAUAGGUCAGCAGAGAUUUCAGUUUCCGAGGGUUUAACCAGAACCACCACCUCAUUGCAUUGUCAGUAGGAUACAUUGUUAGAAACUGUUAAGGUCUUUCCAGGGACAUUUUUUUCCUGCAAUUUUCUUUUGCAGUUUUAGUUUUAUGUACUGUUAAGGAAUUGCAUUGACUUCUUUUUAGAUCACAGUAAAAAUAGGAUGGCAGAGAUUUCAGUUUCCCAGGGAGUAACCAGAGCCACCACCUCAAAGCCUUGUCAGUAGCAUAUAUUGUUAGAAACUGUUAGGGUCUUUCCCAGGACAUGCUUUUUUCUAUCUCAGUUCUCCCCAUCAUUGAAAAGUAAGUUUUCUUGAAUUCAAAUACUCCCAAUGAGCUUGUGUAAUUCCAGACAGCUAAACUUGAUUUCCAGUUGUGAAUUUCACACAUUUAAUUACUGCCUUCUUCCCACCUCUCUUCCCCGCCCCGCUCCUCCGCCAUCGCCCCCCGCCCCGCCCCGACCCGUUGAAUCAGCUUGUCGAACAAGCUCAUUUUCAUGCCCCAGCUGUGCUGUGAGUUUUCCAAGCCUCAUAUUUGAAUAUUUCUUGAGUUUAAGAUAGAUAUGAUUUUUAAAAAUUUAUUUUCCAGCAGAGUUAGGGAAAUAAAGGUAUGUUUGAUUUUUCAAUUUAGAGUUACUUCUUCAUUGAUAAUAACAUGCACUUAUAUCAUGAUUUAAACCAUCAAUUUGGAUUGCUUGACAUUUUGUUUUGCCAGACUUUUUUGGUAGUUUGAUUAUUACACUUAUAUUUUACUCUGUCUUGCCAGUUUGUUGGCCAUUCUGAAAAAUGUCACUACCUGCUGUUUUAUACACAGAGAGGAACUUUUUAAAAAGCAAAUAAAAUGUCACUAUGUUUGUUUCCAGUAGAAAAAUACAUGAACUAUGGUUUUAUUCUUUGUAAUUUGGCUUUCUUGAAGAUAAUGAAAAGUAUACAAUAGAUCACUUUGGCAUCUGAUAAUUAUAUUAAUAUUGUUAUUUUUGUUUUUUUGCUUUUAAAAUAAGAAGUUGUAGUAUAUAUCUAGAUUAAUGGAGUGCUCUGUGAAUAUUUAUUAACUACAUCUUAUCUAUUUACUGUAUUUUACAUGCAUAAGGCCAGUGGCUAUCCAUAUUACUUUUGAAAGGCCACUUGAUCUGGAAGUUUAUAUUUUAAGCAGUAUCUUUGAACAAUGGUCAAUUCACAUUUGAUUGCUUAUAUUACUAAUUAGAGAUAAAACUUCCAUCUUUUCUUGAGAAUACUGUAGGCAAAUAGAUGCAGGAAGGCAAAUUACAAUCAUUCUUUUUCUGUAAUAUUUUGGGACAACUUUUAAACAACUCAGACGCAUGUUUAAAAAUGAGUUUUCUGUGACUAACCCUUUCUAUACUAUCCAGUUACUGUCUUCCGUUGAAGUGGUGGUUCUUUGAAAAGUAACAUUAUUUUGUAACAUUUUUUCUCCCAGAAACAGAAGAAUCAAGUAUUAUUCUGUUAGGAUUCUAUCUUGACCUGUGACUCUUAAUAUAAUAACCACCCCACUCCCUCUUUUUUGCAGUAAUCUAUAAGUAGAGUUGCUUAGUUUUGAGCAAUUUAGGGCUUUUCUUAUUGGCCAAUAGGUUACUCAUUUUGCUGCUAAGUAUAAUUUUUUUUGGUCAAUUUUAAUAUUAUAGUGCUGGCCACUUGGUUCUGUGAUUACCUAAAAAUGUAGUUUUUUUUUUCCCUCUGUAGGUAUGUAUGUGUAUGCACACCCCCAUACACAUGAUGCCAUAGAAAGGUAUAUCAACCCUUAUAUCAAAUAACAGUAGAAGAUACAAAUAUGAAUUUAUGUUUUGUAAAAAUGGCAUUCAUCCACUUUGUUUUCCUUUGGAAAAAAGUUUUAAAAGAAGGAUUGCCCUUGCUCUCUCCACUUAACGUUUCAUUAUAUACAUAGAACAAGCAGUGGACUUAAGGGCUUGAUGUUCAGGCCUUGUGUAUUCAGGUUUCCAGUUUCCCAGUGCCCUUAAUGGAUGUUACGAAUGCAUAAACGCAUUUUGUUUUAAAGAAAGAAGUUAGAUUUAUAGUGUUAUUUCUUACUUGCUAUAUUUCUUUGCACUAAAAAAGAGCUAUGUGUUUGUUUUAUAUGACACUUUAGUACCGUAUUGCCUACAAUAACUCAGUUUGCUCCUUAAUUUUCAAACUCUGGGAAGUUGAUGAGUAACUUCCAUGAUCACUUGUAAAAGUUACAUGCACAUCUGAAAAACAAUCACAAAUCUCUGUGACAGUUGGUUGUGUUUUGGGCUUGUUACCUUGCAAUAUUCUUCUCUGUUCCAUAGGUGAAAACAAAGGGUGACAGAGUUUAUCAGGCAAGAAAUGCCUAUCUGUGCAUGGAGCAGUUUCUCAUGUCCAUGUGUUCUGUAGACAGUGUUUUUCUGUCUAAGCAGACCGUUUCUUCUGAGUACACGAUACGUGAUCUUCGGUGUGUCACUUUGUGAUGUUCAGUCCUGCUCUGUAACAUACUUUAGGAUUUGCACCUUGUACUCCCCAGGAAUUAUGUUGGAGUCUUUUUCUAUGCAGUCUUCAAGGAUGGACAGAGGCCUAAAUAACAACAACAAAAAAUUAGUAAAAAGAAAAAAACCUUGGAUUUCAGUAAUCAUCCAUAAGAACUCAUAGCAUCAGUCUCUUUUCUCUGUGGAUAAUGUCUUUAUGUAAGUUGUCAAUAAAAAAAUCAAUGUUAGAAGGUGACAAUUAGAAUUCUCCUUAGGUAUCGAGGGUAAGAAGUUAUAAAGAAAAUUAGUGUUUCAAUUAAAUGAUUGGAUUGCAUAUAUCUUUGAAGUGGUUUUGUUCAAAAAAAAAAAAAAAAAGUUUGGUUACCAAACUGAGUGUGCCCUGUAAUCCUUCUGCGUCCCCUGAAGAUACUUUGAAAAUCUUUUGUUGGUGGUGACUUUGCACAUCAUGUCCUGCAGCUUGUAAAUACGUGCAUGUGGUUUAUGUUUGUCUGCCUGUCUCUUACUGCACUGCAUUCUGCAAGGUGAGUAAUUGUUAAAAAUACCAUUUAUUUUGAAAAAGUUUCUCCUCCAACUCUUCCUCAUGAUUCCCGUUUUAAUUAGUUGGUAAACUUAGAAAACCAUUAGGAUUUUUGAAGCCCUAAGUUUAAAAGAAGAAUCAUGGCUAUUUGACAUCAUCCUUAACGCCCCCCUGACUUUAAAAGCUAACAAGAAGCAUGAGAUCUUCCACCUCAUUUUAGAAAACUCUUCUACAGAACUAUAUGCUUGCUUAUAGUUACCUACCUACAGUUCGAACAGCGAGAAAGGGAGAGAUACAUGUCUGGUUACAUCUUCCUUAACUCCUAAAUCGGCUGGGAUGCAAGCAACAGCAGUGUGAGGUCCAGUGACUUACGUAAAGUGAGCCUGCAGAACUUGGUGAGGUGUAUACUAGGACAAUAGAGCUGCUUUAGAAAUAAAUUGAGACAUGUUUUGUUAGGAUAGAUGAAAGUUACAUGCAGGUUUUUGAACAGACGUUUUUAAAAAAUUCAACCUUACCAACUGUUUUUUUCUUCUAGCCAAAUCAUUGUACGGGAGUUUCAUAUAUAAUAAAAAGUAUUUUGUUAUUGUUUUUGCUUUCUUGGCAGGGGAGAACCCCUACCAUUGUGAGCUGUUACUGUCAAUCUAGCUGAAUGGACAAAUAGCUGUGUAAAUAGCUUCUCAUAAAACAUUUCUUCUGAUAGCUGUUUGACAUUUUCUCCCCAUUAUGAAUGGGAGGAACAUUUGUAAACUUCCUUUCUGGGUAGCUACCAAAAAACGUACUGGCUUAUGGUCCCAUGUGACCCUGUCUCCAUUAAGCCCAGAAUCUGAGUGCCUUUAGCAAGUGUUAGCAUUUCACAGAGAGAAGAGAUGACAGAAUUAUUGCUAUUAAUCACCAUUCAUAAAUAGGAACUUGGAAUAACAAUGGUCUGUGUGAAUUCUGUUCUACAUCUUUUUUUUUUCCUUUCUUAAUGCGAUCUCAAUUUGAUAUCAAGUAAAA